GCUUUAACCCGUAUGAAGGUAUAUAAACUCGUGCAUUUCUCACAUUUCUCACAUUUCGUACCCUGACCUCUCCGAUAAAACAUACCAAAGUAGAAGCUGGUCACCAAUGAACUAAGUUUUGGUUUAAUAGUAGAGUGUGAAGUACUGUGAGAUAACUGGAAUUCCAAAUAUUACCAGUUGAAUUAGUUGAUUGGUUCCUCAAGUUUUUCAAAGUUUCCAUAGUCAACUUCUGAAUUUCAAGAAUUGUGUAAAGCAGUUACUAUGGGGCACCAUAUAGUCUUUUGGUGUAUUCUGACAUUAGUUGCGCUCUUCAGACCUUCAGGACCAAAGCCAGGAGUGACUCCAUGUCUGGAAAGCUUCGCCAAGAACAAAACCGUUGCAAAAGGUCGAGAACACAUUACAACCGCCUAGGACUGUUACGUUCCAGAAGGAAUUCAAGAGGUAAUAAAGUUGCCAUGGCGUCUGGCAUAAUCGGUAUUCCGGAUUCCCUGGAUCUCAACGUUGAGUACCUACCAAUUCCAACACACGCUACGAUAACUGAACAUGAAGGGCAUUCGGCAGAGGAACCAUACUUUGAUCCUACAGUGCCCCGAGACGUCAACGCUUUCCGUGGCAAAACUGCUUACCUUUCGUGCCGAAUUUACAACAUGGGCAAUCGUACGGUAAGCUGGAUUCGCCAUGCCGACGUCCACAUCAUCUCAGUAGGGACAUACACUUACACCAGUGAUCAACGUUAUUUUAUUUUACAUGACAACACUUCUGGCGAUUGGACUUUGCAGAUCAAAUGGGUUAGUGCCAAGGACGAAGGCACUUACGGUUGUCAGCUGAAUACUCAACCCAUCAAAAGUUAUUACAUCAUGCUCACGGUCGUCGGCAAAAUGCCUGAUCAGAGCACGUAUCCAGAAAGUUGGUGGGAAAAAGAAAACAAUUUACAACAUAGGAUGCUAGCUGACGUGGCGAAUGUUCCGGCUGCCUAUAUAGCUAAUGAAGGAGAUAUGUACGUUAGUCUAGGAAGCACUCUCAACUUGUCGUGCAUUCUUAAUACAAGCGAUUCGCAACUGUUUUGGUAUCACGACGGUGAGAUAAUUAAUUACGAUUCGUUACGGGGUGGAAUUACUAUUAUUGUUGAAAAGAGUAAUAUUACUGUAAGCACUUUACAUAUAAAGAAUACUAGCAUUGAGGACUCCGGUAACUACACAUGCAGUCCUUCUAAUGCUAACUCGGCUAGCACUGUUGUACAUGUUAUCAAAGGUGAGUGUUUCGGUUCAUUAAUUGUUUUCGUUUGUUUUUUUUUUUCUUUUCUUUUCUUUAUAUUGACCCUUAUAUACCUGAAAUGCUCGGAAUCAGUUGAUGAGGGAUGUGACGCGAGUGUCUGCUAAUUUGAAUAACAUGAAUGGAUUUAUUAUUCACAUGUAUAGGUUCGACGGUUAUUUGUCCAUCGAAAAUAUUAAAGGGAAGACGGAAGUGCAAGUGUAGGCAACCCCGUUUCGCAAGUAAUAUAAUUUAUUUAUUGAAUUAACUAAAAUAUUACUAUAAUAUUUCAGAUAGCACUGAAAACGCAAGUGAGUUAUUUGUAUCUUAUACAGGGUGUGAUAUUUACAAUUACUAAAACGGCAAAUGUGAGCUACUUAACACAAGACUAGGGUGGAACAACUUACCCUUAAAAAAAUCUGUUCUAAAUACGUUUCUGUGCAACACAACUAUUAAUACAACGUUUGUAUUUUAAUUUUGCCAACAAUUUUUAGUUGUUGUAGGUGUCAUACUCAGUAUAUUUUAUCGGAAAGUCGUUUAUAUGUUGCCUUAGAUCGUUUACCUUUGAAAAUGCCUUUCUAUUUGCAACUCUUAUAGAUUCAUGUUGUAUCGCCUUAUAACAGAAUUGGGGAGUUCUAAUUUCGAUUGUAGUUCGCGAAACUAUAAAGGUUUUCCUCUCUCUCUAUAGUGCCUCUUUAUUAACGUAAAAUGUCAUUCUACUUGUAUUUAUUUGGUAAAAGGAAGACUUUGUAGUGGUAUAAGCAACGUUUAAAGUCUAAGAGGACUGAAAUUUCUCUUAUGUAACAAGCAUAAACUCCUCGAAUCCUGUAUGCACUGUACACCGCAAGAUUGUAUUUGCCAUUUACGUGUUCUGUAAGCCAGAUAUUCGAUGUGAUGUAAUAUUUGGAGUCAAAGGAACGAUAUUAUCGACUUGUACCUACUGAACAAACAUCUUUCCUUUGUAUAUCUGAAUACAUGAAUCAGCGAACACGUAGGUUCUUAAUUCAUUGCUUUCAAUUAAUACGAGACAGUUGUCAGUAAUAUUAAUAUUUAUCCGGAAUCAUGAAAAUUAGUAUAUAACAGAUUCGUUGUAUAGAUAGUAGAUUUCGGUUUCCUUUCAACGGUUCAAGUUUACUUACUAUCAUAAAACACCGUUCAGCAAAUAACUAGAGACAGCGUGGUGGACGACAUCUAUAGAAAUUAGCCACUUCAUUCCUUCAUUGAGUUGGCGUGCUGAUGAGAUAUGGAAAUCACCGUCAAUUAUCAUGAAGGAAGGAGCACGAGAUAUUAUUAAGAUAUUGACUCAUUUUAUGACAUUGGCAGACCUCAAUAUCCAGAGAGUUAGAAUAUUAGUUGAUCGUGGUUACUUUUUAAUCGUGUGUGCCAAGCCUGUUCACCCUUUUUAACAGUAGGGUGAAAUUGACGAUUUAAGAACUGGCAGGCCACUGAUUAUUGAUGAAUUGGCGGUCGCUAUUUUUGUUACCUAAGCUGUUUGAAGUCUUGGAUUAUGCCACAAAAAAAAUCAACAUUUUGAUUUUUAAUUGUUUAUUAAAAAAUACUAAAAUAGAUAGCAUCUACUACCGAAUGGAGAAAAACAUUUUAUGUAACAAAAAUUUAAAUCCAAGUAAUUGGUACAAUCAUUGUGGUUUCUGAUUUUGCUAAGCUAAGUGUCAGUUCAGAUAUUGACAGUAAGAACAAAUCAAAUUUACAUUUAUUGAUUCAAAACAACUUAAAAAUUGAAAGGUCAGGUCAGUUAUUGCAGGGCAGUUUUCCUUUCGCAACAAUUUAAGAAAUCAUCUCCAAAUUCUUCUGAAGAAGUUUAUGACUCUGACAGUAUUCUAUCUGCAAAACAACUAAUUAUUGGCACGAUAACUGAUUACUUCAGUCAAAUUGAUUAUGAAAGGAUUAACAUUUGGUCUUGUACUUUCAGUGUCCUAGAAUUUAGUCUAAAUUUUAGUUUCGUAAUACUUUAUGGUGGCUUCUAUUUCAAAAUGUUAUAUACCGGUUACAAAUUGCUCAAUUUCCCGAGCUAUAACAAUGUCUUUUCCUUUUUUAGUCCUGAAUGAAAAUUUCCUUUCCACCUUUUGAGACACUUUCUUUUUAAUUAAGUAUUACAAUGCAAAUCGUGCAUAAAACACAUCUGACAAGCGACCGGUUCUGUAAAAAUUAUUAACGACGUUCCCGCCAAAACAAAUUGUUAAAUUAAUCAAGUAAUUCAAUCAUGCAGUAUCAAAGGUUUAAUUACAAAUAAUAAUAAAUUCAUGAUCCGUUAGAUCGGAAAUAUGUUACAUUUUAUUCUGGUUAUCGGAACUCAAUAAAUUAAGUAGAAUUGUCAGAAAUGUCACAAAGAGAAAUCAAUUUCUGUUUUUUCAUUCGUGCUAGUAAUGAGCAAACAAAAUGCUAAUAUAGAAAUUUUUAAUUGUUUGGUGGUCAUCGUUAUUAUUCUUCUUCUUAUAAAGCUAAAAAAAUGCAUAUAAAAUUGCUCUUUUGUUUUGAAUCAACCAAGUUAGUAAGUUUUGGAAUACCCUGUACAUCGUACAUUCAAGUUGAGUACAGUUAGAAGUUAAAACAUUUACGUAUAUAUAUUGCUAAUACUUAAAAACAAUAUGCAUUUUUACUUACAUAAAAUUAUUUCAUUUUAUUUUGUAACUGUAUUAAAAUUUAAGUAAGAAUCUUGCUUUUGGUUUUGGUCUUAUUCGUUUAGUCUUGGGCUUCGUCGUAAUUGUGGUCUUGUGGUCUUGCUAAAUGUGCAAACAAAACAAAACUGCAAGACCAAAUCAGUUUCGCUCAUUACUAAUCCUUGUUACGUUAAGUUUCAAUGUAUAUGCUGAAAAAUUAUUCUCUCAAACUUUUAGCUCUUAAUUGCAACUUCAAGAAGCUAUUACCCUAAAAAAAUCAUGUGUAAGAAGCUUUUGUUUAAUUCCUGUAUUAUUUUGUUACACAUUAUGUUAUCACAAUGCUGAGGGCUCAAUGUUUAGAAAAUUUAUUGCACAUCGAAGAUGUCUAUAUUGCAUUUGAUUCUGCACAUUCCAAAAGUAAUUUAUAUGUAAAAUUUAAAUCUUUCUGCUUGUAGCCAGUAAAUUGUCAGACUACUGUAAAAUUGUAAAUGACAGUUUUGUAAGGAAUGUUAUUCUUAUUCUCUAAAGGUCACAUCUCUGAAAACUAAUAUACUUUAAAGGAUAAAAUGGCUUAAGUGAUUUUAAAAUUUGAGUUUGGUUUUAUUGAAACAUGUUUGAAAACGUACAGAGUAAAAUUUCAUAUAAAAUUGCCGUUUGCAUUUUAAGCAAAAACCAUGAAUUUUCCGCAUAAAAUGUCUUUCCAGAUUUGCAAAGUUUGAAUGCUUCAUUCAUUGAGAGGGCCUUUAUUAAAUUACUUUCUGAGCAUUGUGAUGCGUAAAAUUAAAUUGAGUAACAUGAAAUUUAGAGUCUACUUUAAAUACUCUUUAAAGGGAAAUACUUCAAAAAGAAGUAAAAAACAACUUUUACGAAUGAAAAAACAAAAUUGUGUAUGUAUAUAUUAUAUUUUGACCAGUGGCGACUUGU